AUGCACCGGAUUCACUCGUGGGCGAAAGCUCACGCAUCCUCUCGCGGCCUGACAAACCAGACACCCCCCGAACAGGCCGCCGAUCCAGACCCUGCUGAAAAACCGCCUCAAGAUGGACAAGUGAACGUCCCCGUGGAGGACCCAACUCCAGGGUCUGUCACGGAAACCAACCCAACCCCCGGCCUUGCACGCCGCAUGCGAAACGGAUCCGUCCGUUUCUACCACCAUACCAAAGAUGCUAUCUGUCAUAGCUGGGUCAAUGUCCUUUUGGUCUUCGUCCCAGUAGGUAUUGCCUGUGAGGCCGCAGGACUCAACCCGGCCAUCAUCUUCGCAAUGAACGCAGUAGCCAUCAUUCCUUUGGCUGGACUACUCAGCCACGCUACAGAGAGCGUCGCUAGUCGACUGGGAGAUACAAUUGGAGCACUUAUCAACGUCACUUUCGGAAACGCCGUGGAGUUGAUCAUCUUCAUCAUCGCCCUGGUCAAGAAUGAGAUUCGAAUCGUUCAAGCUUCAUUGCUUGGCUCCAUCCUAGCAAAUCUACUCUUGAUCAUGGGUAUGGCAUUCCUCUCUGGUGGUCUUCGCUUCCAGGAACAAAUCUAUAACAGCACUGUCACCCAAAUGAGCGCAUGUCUACUCAGUCUCAGUGUGGUCAGUCUCCUCUUGCCGACUGCCUUCCACGCCUCUUGGUCAGAUAGCGCAAACGCCGACCGAGAGACCAUCAAGGUCAGCAGGGGUACCAGUGUUGUGCUCCUAUUGGUGUAUAUCCUGUACAUCAUCUUUCAGCUUCGGACUCACUCCUACUUGUAUGCUAGCAUUCCCCAAGCGAUCAUCGAUGAGGAGUCCCACCCUGGUGUCCUGGCGGAGUUUAUGAACAGCUCUUCAGAUUCCUCAUCCAGCUCCAGCGAUGAGUCUGACGACACGACGACAUCGUGGACCACCGCAAAACGCAUCAAGAGAGCAAUGAAAUACCGCAGACACCGAAAGUCAAGCACUAGCUCCAAGGGCACAGCAUCUCGCACUUCGUUCCAGAAAAGAGCUAUGGCGUCUACUUCGAACGAAAACCAGAGCUCCGUUCCCGAUUCCAUCGGCAGCAACGAACAUGCCAUCGAUCUUGGCGACGAGGGUCGCUACGACGCUGAUGAUGAUGCUCAGGAUCCUGCCGCAAUUCGUUCUCGUGACUUUGGAAUUGCUCUCAGCCAGAUGGAUAGCCGCACGAGCAAAAAGUCCAAGAAGCGUGAUCGGAAAAGACGCAAGGCCCUGAAAGCAGAAAAGAAGGCGCAGAUCCAGGCUCCUGGUGAAGGCGGACCUUCGAAUAGCCUGGCCCCCGCGCUCAAAGGCAUACAGCCUUCGCCCAACUUGGUUGGAUUUGAUGGUAUCACAGACGAGACCCAAAAGCGCCGGUCUCCCUUCGGCCCUAUCCCAUCUCUGCUCUCCAACACCGUCUUUAGCUCUCAGUCACCGGCCAUGUCGCCACGCAUUGGAACCGCUCCGCGCCCCGGCCUCUCUCGUAGUAAUUCGUUGCCCGCACACAUCAGCCGUCCUCCCCCGGCCGGUAAUGCAGUCCAGUUCGCUCGUGGGGCUUCUCGCCUCACCGAUCCCACCGAAGCCCCGGUUGCGGAGACAGCCUCCCAGGCCCCGGAACCCGAAAUGUCACGUACUGCUGCUGUUGUGAUGCUGUUGCUAUCCACUGGCCUAGUCGCCGUGUGUGCUGAGUUCCUGGUCGAUGCUAUUCCGACCAUGAUUGCCAGCUCGAACGUCAGUGAAGCGUUCAUCGGUCUUAUUAUUUUGCCCAUUGUUGGAAAUGCCGCCGAGCACGUUACUGCUGUCAGCGUUGCGACCAAGAAUAAGAUGGACUUGUCUAUUGGUGUCUCUGUCGGAAGUAGUAUUCAAAUUGCUAUCUUCGUCACACCCCUGGUCGUCAUCCUGGGAUGGUGCAUGGACAAAGAUAUGUCACUCUAUUUUACCCUGUUCGAGACCAUUUGUCUCUUUGUCACCACCUUCGUCGUCAACUUCCUGGUCCUAGAUGGUCGGAGUAACUAUCUCGAAGGUGUACUCCUCAUUGCAGCCUACAUCAUUAUUGCUUUGUCCGCCUUUUUCUACCCCUCCAGCGGCCAGGCGAGUAGUAUUGCAGGCUCAGAGUAA